AUGAGCGAACAAUUAACCGUGCCAUCUGACUCGAAUGAUGGCCAUCAAAACCCCGAGGAGAACACCAACAAUCAUACAGGAACACAUGCUGUUGGGUAUCAAACUUCGGGAUCAGGAGAGGCUGUUUCUUUGCAAAUCAAUGAAGAUUCUAACGAUCAGCAAAACCUCAACAACGAUGAAAGCAAUAGAAACAACAUGCUAUCAUCAACAAGAAUUAAAGAAAAUAUUCUUAGCACAAAGGAUUUCUUUAGCGGAAUGCUUUCUUACAAACUAACCUCUUUUCGAAAAAAGAAUAGCGUUCAACAUUUAGAAAAUAGCAAUAUAGGUUCGGCAGAGGAAUCUACAUCGUUGAUCAAGAAAAAUUGUGGUGUUUCAGGGUAUAUAGCUCCAUUACCGAAAUGUGAUUGGAGUUCAAUUGAUGUUCCGAAACACUUGGGUGGAAUGUAUGACGAUGUUUUCCGAUAUAUUUUUAUGUUUAUGACACCAAAAGAAUUAAUUAUUUUUGGAGGAGUCAGUAGAAGAUUCAGAGAGAUGUCAGUCACUGAUGAAGUAUGGUCUCCAAUAUACCAAUCCUAUACAUUUAGUAGCGUAGAAAAAGAUACCACCGUUACACAGAACUUUAGACAUGAAUUUUUAAAGAAGCUUAAAGAAAAUUCGACAUUAGAGUUUCUGAGAGAGGAGUCCAAACAAAAUGUACCAAUUCUUGAACAAGUACAAGCUUGCUGUCAAUGUGGAUAUGGAUUCAUGGCACCUCAGAUUUUCUUUACUUCUUUUACAGUAUUCAGCAUUCUUGUGCCUUUGUUAAUGGACGGAUAUAUUGACAUUUCACAAGUUGGAUUUUGUAGCCUUCCAUUUUUUUUCGCGCUCGGCACCUAUUUAUUCAUUAGUGUCUCUCUUCUUAUUGAUCCGUAUUCUCUUGAUAAGAAACGAAGCAAGUACUUAAAAUAUCUCCAACCUCAAUCUUUAGAUACUGGUUUUUACAAUGAUAGAUGGGCAUUAAUGGGCUCUGAAUCGACUGAGGAGUCUGAUUUUGAUGAUGGUUGGAAAGAGAGUAUUAAUUUAUCAGUUUGGCAUUUAUGGAUUUGGCUUUUAUUCAUUUUAGGCUAUUUGUCGAAGUAUAUUUGGUUUGCAGCUUUUUAUUCACCAUUCUCAUUGUUAUUCAUUCCUUGCCAUGUCUACACUAUUAUUUAUUGCAUUGGGCCGUUGAUAUUUUAUAAAAACAGUAGAUCAAACCAUACGGUCAGCAGAGAUUCAAAAGUGACCAGUUAUUGCUCAUAUGUGACAAAUAGCCUGAUUGUCAUAUUAUCAUCAGUUCAAAUAUUAUUAAUUGGUUUGAAAUUGGAUGGUGUAAUUGGUGCAUAUUGGAACAUUGUUUUACUACCAGCAUGGAUUUUUUUACUAUUUAUCAAUUGUAUGUGUUGUUGGUAUGCCGCAUGUGCAGGAUUAACUAACGGAAAGGAAGGUGGUUGUUUCGCAUUGUAUGGUAUUACCAUUCACAUUUUAUUUGCUUUUUUUUACCAAGUAUGGUUUAUCAUUGUUGCACUAAGAUUGGAUUUAAUCAUAACAUCCCCUUGGACUCCAUUAUUUGUUCCAAUGUGGCUCUUUUUGAGUUUUUCAUGCUGCACUCACUGCUUAUGUAGCUCUGUGUGCAUUUCAGCUCGGCAUCUUCAUUUGAUAGGAUUGACAUAA